AUGACUAAAAAACGACGGGGCCAACAACGGCCAGAUACAUACUCAGCACCACUUCGCCGCAGUUCCAGACUCCAAAGUAACAUCAGAUCCUCACCGCAGACUUUACCCCAACAUCACCACAUCUCAGAUUCUCCACAGAUAGCUUCACAUCACUCGCCUACUCCGUCUUCAUCACCUUCAUCUCCUUAUAUUCCAAUUACGAGGCAUCACACCGACUUCACUGAACCCAGCUGUCCAGAAAUUCCCUUGGGGAGAUGGAAACCGUUCCCUGUUUCACAACCCACACACCAACGCCUUACCAGAUGGUUAUGAAGCGUAACUAGUUUAAAAAUAGUAAACAGCAUGUAUGUAAUUAAACUGAAAUCAUUAUGUUAUCAUUUAUAAGAAUAAAUUUAAGGGUUAAUAGUCCUUUUUAUUUAUUUUCUCCUUUUUGUAUCCAUCCAUUUUGAUAAAUCCAAAUGGCUUAAGAAGAGCAUCUUGGGUACUUCUUGUUUGGUUGUAACUUAUAUAUUUAUUACUUUAUGUAGUGAUUCAAUGUUUUUGUGUAAAAGUAUCAUAACCCUUUUACCAUGAACACCUACAGCUUAUUUUAGUAAUGAAAAUUGAUAUAUUAGAAAUAAAAGUUUAAUUCAUUAAAAAUACUUAUGAAU